UCAACGACACCAGUCAUUAAAAGUAAUAUGGAAUCUGGACCAGCUCCCUUGAAAAGACGUCUCUCUGAAUCAUCUAGAGCUAGAUUGCUGCGUAAUGUACCCCCUGCUAACAACCCUGGACUACUGAGCUCCAUAACAAGAAUAAAGGACCAAAACCUUUUUCUCAGGGACAUCAAUCAGGAGAGGGCGCAGAUGGAGGCCAGUAAGGAGCAGCUGUCCACCUCCCCCAAGAGCCGCACGUCCAGGCCGCCGAGUUUCGCCGACUCGCCCAAAGAGGACAAGGAAAACGAGAAGGAGAAACGAGACGGUUCCAACAAAGAUGACAGUGGAUCUGAAUCAGAUACGGAGGACAGCUCUGAAGAGUCCAGUGAAGAGGAUUCUGAGGAAGAGGAGCGGGGUGGCCAGCCAGCCGUGAACUCAGUCACUGCCAGGACCAGACCCACGGUUAAUUCUCUUCCAGCUUAUUCUGUAGUCAAUUCGCUUAAAAAACCCGUGGAUGAGUCCGACUCAGAGGAAGAAACCGGCAGUGAAACCGAGGAGUCCUCCGAAGAGGAGGGGGAGGAAGAAGAGCCGGUAAAACGUGAUACACGGACAAGUAUAACCAGUUCUACGACGCGACCGUCCGCGCCUUCGCGUUUUCAGAGCGCGCCUGCUAGUGCGCCAUCUAAACCUGGGGUGGGAGGCACCUCGAAGCUUCUGAAAUCCCCCUUCUUAGACAAUGAUAAGAAGGCAAACAAUCCUUCUUCACCUGUUUCAGAAACUGAACCCUAUACUAGGACUUCAAGGUUUGGUGAUAGGGGUGACGGUAAAGAAGAAACUAAAUCACGGUUUGGGAGCUACGUGACACGUACUACGGCUGAUACAACGAGUAAUGCGACCAGCACAACUACUAGUGCGGCUCGGAGCGGAAUUAGCUCCACACCUAGCGAGGACACUCUAGCAAAAACAAAACGGCAGACUAAGAAGGUCACACAGAGGGCUGGUACCUCUUAUGUAGGAUUUAGCGGAAGGGGAAAUGCAGACGACGAUGAGAUGAACGGAGAAGAUGGCAAGAGUAAUGAUAUCGCUCACGGGAAGGGAGCAGAAGAACGGAAGGACACGUCUGUGCGGCGGAAUUCUAAGGAAGAGACAAAGUCGACGAGACCAACCUCUACUGCCGACAAGUUCCUGAGUCGGCGGAACAGACCCAUUGAAACAGUCGAGGACAAGAACGAGGAAGCCAAGAUCCCGGAGUGGAAAAGGAGACAAAUGGAACGAGAGAGGGAAAGAGAAAAGGAGAAAGAAAAAGAACAAGAGAAGGAGAGAGAACGACAAAAGGAAAGGGAACGAGGGAAGGAGAAAGAGAAGGAGAGUGAGAUGCCGAGUUAUCGCCGCCCCAGGCAAGACAGGGAAAAAGACAAAGAAAAAGAGAAGGAAGAGAAGGAAAAGGAGGAUGAUGACUCCUCUGCACUGGCUACACAGCGGGCGAGAAGGGCCAGGAGGCUGAUUAAUAAACGCCGCGGAGGGAGCGACGAGGAGGAAACGGAAGAGGCCAAAGACCCAAAAAAGAACACAAACCUAAACGAGGAAAAUGAUGAGAAAGCCUCUCUGGCCAGCAGAAGACGAUCUCAAGAAACUAGACACGACGAGGUUAAGAGCACCACGGACAGAAUAAGAGUUGGCAGAACCACUGAUUCUAAAGGACCCUUUGGGACCUCCAAGGCGAACACCAUUAUAACAGAAACAGAUCCCCAGAAGCUGAAGGAAAGAUUACAAGUAGCCCAGUUAGAACUUCAAGAAUACAAAGUUAAACUAGAAAAGGCCUUACAAGCAAAAGAAGAACUUGAAAGAAAAUACUCAAACGUAGAGGACGACUUAAAGCAACUAACGGACUUGAAAGCGGACAACCAAAGGCUGAAAGACGAGAACGGUGCCUUAAUCCGUGUUAUAAGCAAGUUAUCACGACCUCCCACUUGACCGGCAACCAUGGUUUGUAGUAAGGCAAACGGGAGACAUUUAGAAGUUGAUAAUGCCGAUAAACGAUAACCCCUCUUUCCUGGUCUUAAACUGUACCUAUUUAUUCAGUACGAGACCACAACUUAGAUGUUCUUUAAUUAUGCUAGGAGGGAGGGGUGGCAGCGGAUGGUCGGGUUUUGACGAAAGCCUUCCUUUUCCCGCCAGCCUGGAGUACAAUGAUGAGGUCUUGGUUGGGUUCGUUUUUUUCCUUGUUGUAAUGUAGGUAUGUGUAUGUUUUGUAAUUGGACGUGAGUCGGUAAGAGAGAUAACGAAGAUCAGUCGCCACGUUGUAAACAAAAGUAAACAGAGGAAGAUUAAAUACGAUUUUACAAUUGAAUAAUUUGUGAACUUCCCUUAAAAAGCCCAUGUUCUGCCAAUUUCUAAUGCAGUUUUCUAUAAGUGUAUAUUGUAGUUAAACGGCCGAAGUGCUUUUCAUUAGUUACGCAGAACUUUUUGUCUGCUAGAAGCUUUUCUAUUUUGUGACACUCUUGAGGGUCAGUGAUAUUAAUAAGAAUAACAAAUUAAUGAUAAUCAAUCCCAUUGCUAAAGGUUCAACUACUGUAGUAAAGUUUAGUUUUGUACGACUUUUUGCAUAGACGAUUCAAUAGAACCAAACUGUGCUUGCUUCUUGUAGGAAGAAAUAAGAAAAGAAUACAAAUACGAACCUUUUCGACUCUGUCGCGCGAUUCUGUUUGAUUGAGGGCAAAUUCAGAUUAAUCAAGAGACAAGAAGAAGAAAAGACGAAUUUAAUAGCAGUCAAAGGAACCUGUUAUCUCAAAAAAAUAGUUUGGCGCCGUCGCAAAUAUAAUUGUAUUGAAAUUAACAUUUAUUAUAUUGUAUCCUUGUUAUUGUGCGUAUAAAUUCUAAUGAUCUCAGUUAGCUAGGGUUACGCGUAAUAAGAGCUGCUUCAGGUGCGCAAUCUUGGAUUUUGACUCGUCGCGCAGCCGGCUUUCCAAUUGGAUGAGUUGACUGCGUGACAGCCAAAGGAGCGGUUGCACAUGAGGGUAGGGCAACGUACUAGUCUAUGAUUGGUUCCAAGGCAGUCGAGGAAAUAAGAACUUGUUCGUGCGGAAUCGCAUAACCAUAACUUUCUUAGUUGCAUGACUUAAAGCUAAAGUAUUACAGUAGUUUUAUGACUAAGCAGCAAGAUCCGUUGAACUUUGUCCGUCCAUUGUCGUUGGAUAAGACAAGAACGAGUGUUAUUUCUCCGACUGAAAGUAUGAAAUCUAACUUAAUGCGCUUGCUGGAACGAGGUAGAGCCAUUAUUGUGAAUCCACAGGCAACUUUAGAUGUUAUUCUUCGGGCUUCUUCACAAAUACUCCACAAUGUCAAAUUUUUAUCUUCACUUUUCAGAUCUGGAUGUUGCGCCAAUUUAUGGCGGUCAUCUUGUAUUGGUAAAUCCGACUUCAAAUUAAUCACUGAGGGUGACCCUUUCUUAUGUUAGUGGAAUCCACUCAGUUUCCUAAAAGGGUCAGAACGUGGCUUUACCUCACCAGAGUCUCAAAGGCCUGAGUCUCUAAACUGGCCAGAGUCUCUGCUGUGCACUUAAGCGCGGCAAGCUUUAUUCGACAGUGCUGUAACAGUAGCUCUCUAUCUUUUUAUUUCCAUGAUUAUGGACAAAACAAAUCUUUUUUGAUUAGUUGUCCCGUAUUUGUUGGUUCUGUGUUGAAUACGAAGCCUAACUGCUAUAAAUAUACCAGUCUCUUAUAAAUGU